AGCCGCCUCUCCGGCGGGAUGCGGCUCCCCGCACUGCUGGCCUGCCUGGCGGGUUGCGCGCUGCUGCUGCUGCUGCUGCCGCAGGCCGGCCUGGCCUGCGGGCCGGGGAAGGGCCACGGCCGGCGGCGGGGCCCCCGGAAGCUGGUGCCGCUGGUCCUGAAGCAGUUCAGCCCCAACGUGGCGGAGCAGACGCUGGGCGCCAGCGGCAAGGCGGAGGGGAAGAUCAGCCGCGGCUCGGAGCGCUUCAAGGAGCUGAGCCCCAACUACAACCCGGACAUCAUCUUCAAGGACGAGGAGAACACCGGGGCGGACCGCCUCAUGACGCAGCGCUGCAAGGACAAGCUGAACUCUCUGGCCAUCUCGGUGAUGAACUUCUGGCCCGGGGUCCGGCUGCGGGUCACCGAGGGCUGGGACGAGGACGGCCACCACUCGUCCAGCUCGCUGCACUACGAGGGCCGGGCCGUGGACGUCACCACGUCCGACCGCGACCGCCACAAGUACGCCACGCUGGCGCGGCUGGCGGUGGAGGCCGGCUUCGACUGGGUCCACUACGAGUCCCGGGCGCACGUCCACUGCAGCGUCAAGUCAGAUCACUCCAUGGCGGCCAAGGAAGGCGGCUGUUUCCCUGGCAACGCCUCGGUGACGUUGGAGGGCGGCGCCCGGAAGUCCAUGAGCGCGCUGCGGCCCGGGGACCGGAUCCUGGCCUCGGCGAACGGCGGCCUGGUCUUCAGCGAGGUCAUGACCUUCCUGGACCGGGACCCGGACACACCUCGGCUCUUUGUCAGCCUGCGGACCGCGGCCGGACCACAGCUCGCCCUCACUGCCGCCCACCUGCUCUUCGUGUCGGGCAGGAACUGCUCCGAGGGCGCGGUGCCGGCGACCGGCCGGCUGCGUGCCGCCUACGCCGGCGCCGUCCGGCCCGGUCAAUGCGUCCUGGUGGCGGUCGGUGGGGUGGCGCGUCUGUCCCGCAUCGUUGGGGUCAGCGUGACGACAAACCGAGGGGCGUUCGCCCCGCUGACCCAGCAGGGAACCAUCAUUGUGGACGGCGUGGCGGCGUCCUGCUACGCGGCGGUGGACGGCCACCGGCUAGCCCACCUGGCCUUCGCCCCGCUCCGCCUGCUGCACUGCUGGACUGGGAGCGCUGGGCGCCACGGCAACGGCCUGCACUGGUACUCACGGAUCUUACUCUGGCUGGGUCGGGCGGUUCUGGACCCGGGGCGCCUCCAUCCGCUGAGCGUCGCUCUGGGCGACAUGUGAGAGAAACCGGCAUGGGACCGAGGUGGACUUCCUGCUGAAGUGGCAGCAAACAGGAAGUAGUAUCAACCAAUAGAAAGUACCAGCAACAAACAGGAAGUGCCAACAACAAACAGGAUGUACCAGCAGAAAAAAAAAGUACCAGGAACAAACAAGAAGUACUAUCAACAAAAAGUACCCGAAGCAAACAGGAAGUACUAUCAACACACAGGAAGUACCGGCAGCAAACAGGAAGUACCACCAGCAAACAGGAAGUACCAGGAACAAACAGGAAGUACUAUCAA